AUGGGGAGCAAGGACUCUACACUGACUGUGGGUAAUCUAGUAACUAGCAAAAGGCAUGUUUUACUUCAAACUGCUCGUGCAGUGGCAACUAAUGAAGAUGGUUCAAAAACUUGUCCAGUACGUAUUCUCUUCGAUAGUGGUAGCCAGCGGUCAUACCUCACUGAUGAUUUAAAACGAAAAUUGAAUCUGAAUCCAAUCAAAACUGAGACGUUGUAUUUAAAUACAUUUGGCGAUUCCAAACACGAAAGAAAAUCCUGCCAGUUGUUUAAUCUGAACUUACGUGAUCGUGAUAAUGAGAUAACCCUGAUUUGGGCCCUCAAUUUCCCUGUUAUUUGUUCGCCCUUACCAUCUACGGUGGACAUUUUUGAUUAUCAGCAUAUUCGUGGUCUAGAUUUAGCCGAUAGUAGUGAGAUCCAAGACGACCAUCAUAGUGACACUGUUGAUGUCCUGAUAGGGUCGGAUCACUAUUGGAGCUUUAUGUAUGGUGAAACUAUCCGUGGUGAUUCAGGGCCUGUCGCAGUGAGCAGUAAAUUUGGUUGGGUUUUAUCUGGGCAGACUGAGUUAACCAAUGAACGGGGUGUGAGACGAAAGGAGUCAUCAGCAAAUUUAGUCAUUUCUUCCUGUACCGAAGAUUUCCUCAACGACAACGUGCCGCAAAAUGAUCAACUUGUAGACUGUUUGAAACGGUUUUGGGAAACUGAGGCAAUCGGAAUUGCGGACAGUGAUGAUCUUAAGACUAACCCUGUCCCAAACAAUUUUAUCGAAGAUAUUGCGUUUGAUGGUCAAAAUUAUGAAGUAGGUUUGCCAUGGAAGGACAGUUCUUUUCCUGUCUCUAAUGGCUACGACACAUGUUCAAAACGCCUCCAAUCUCUACAUCGAAAACUACAAGCAGAUCCUGUCCUCCUGAAUGAGUAUAACAAGAUUAUUUGUGACCAACUCGAAGCGGGCAUUAUCGAAAGGGUACCUGAAACAAGCGACUCCAGCAACGAAGAAACACGCAUCAAUUUCUUACCCCAUCACCCAGUUAUCAGAAGGGAUAAAGAUACCACCAAAGUUUGUGUAGUCUACGAUGGCUCGGCAAAGGGCUCGAAUGAUGAAAGAUCGCUUAAUGAUUGUCUUCAAACCGGACCGAACUUUACACCACAUGUGUUCGAUAUUUUAGUUAAAUUUCGUUGGAACGCUAUUGGCAUCACUGCAGAUAUCGAGAAGGCGUUUUUGAUGAUAACGAUUAAGGAAGUCGAUAGAGAUGCACUUCGUUUUUUAUGGUUUGAUGAUCCCAAUGAAUGUCAUCCCAAUUUAACUAUGUUUUGUUUCCGACGAUUAGUAUUUGGUCUUCGACCCUCGCCAUCUAUACUUGAUUUCACUAUUAAGCAUCACCUUGCAAAAUAUUCCCAGUCCGAAACAAAGUUGGUUGAAGUAUUAGAAAAUUCAUUUUACGUGGACGAUCUUAUCACUGGUGAAGAUAGCGUCGAAGAAUCAUUCCAAAUUUACAAGGGGUCAAAACAAAUUAUGGCCACGGGGGGUUUCAAUCUUCGAAAGUGGCAUUCGAAUUCAGACGAACUUCUCGCAAAAAUUGAGUCCAACGAACUUGGUAGUGAGAAACCACCCGACCGUAGCCUUAUGCAAUCUAAUUGCCAAACCUUCAAAGAGGACGAGUCUUACGCUAAGUCGACGACCGGACACAAUACGAUCGAUACAGCUGAUAAUACUGUAAAGGUGUUAGGUGCCAACUGGAAUACAAAGUCGGAUGAAAUAUUCUUCAAUUUCGAAAGGUGGAAGGAAGAAGCAACGUCACUCCCAAUGACUAAACGAUCUUUACUUGUGCUCACAGCGAAGAUAUUUGAUCCUCUUGGAUAUCUUGCGCCUUUGACAAUACUGAUGAAGGUUUUAUUCCAAGUUUUGUGUACGAACAAAGUUGAUUGGGACGAAGAACUAACCGGAGAUUUACUCAAGAAAUUCCAAGCUGUUAUUCGAGAUAUAUCACUUCUUCAUUCCGUGCGUAUUCCCAGAUGUUAUUUUGACCCUAGAUCAAAGCCAAUUAAUGUCGAGCUUCAUGGUUUCAGCGAUGCUUCGAUUCAUGCCUAUUCAGCUGUAGUCUAUAUGAGAUCAGUAUAUGAAAAUGGCACAAUUCAAGUUCGGUUGGUAGCAUCGAAGACCCGAGUUGCCCCGUUGAAACGACAAAGCAUUCCUCGUCUCGAGCUUCUCGGAGCCCUCAUAUUGGCACGACUUUGUGACAAAAUUAUUAAGGUGCUUGGAGAACUUGUUUGUACCUAUUGGGUUGAUUCAAUGACUGCUCUUUGUUGGAUUCGCAAUGAUAAACUUUGGAAACAAUACGUUCAACACAUAAUAAUAAUUAUUUAAGUUGUAAUUUAAGUUGCACGUCCGCUUGGCAGUACUGUACCGGGUAGUUAAUCCGGCUGAUUUACCCUCUCGAGGACUUGAUGCAAAGGAACUAGCUAGUAACGAGGUUUGGUGGAAUGGUCCACAAUUUCUACGCCAACCAUCGAGUGAGUGGCCAUCAGAGGAUCAAACGAUAGAAUGUAAUGAGGAUGCUAAAAACGAAGAAGUAAAGGCCCCACCAAAAAUUACGCACGUUUUACUCAACCAUGAUCCCACGCAAGCUACAGCGAGAAUCGACAAGGUAAUGACCAUUGAACGGUACGGUAGUUUCCAAAGGUUGUUGAGGGUUACGGUUAUUGUACUGCGUUUUAUCAAGCUAUUAAAGUCGGAGAUAUCGCGAGGACCGCAGGAAAACCGUAACGAAGAUGUUAAAGACUUGAAUACGGCGGAAGUGUUAUGGAUACGUGCUACUCAAAUAUCAUGUUUUCCCGAAGAAAUAAAGUUACUGAGCGAUGCCAGAAAGGACACCACUCGCUCCAGGGAUUCAGCAUCGAAAAUUAUCCAGUUUGGUCUGUACUUGGAUGAGGCUGGUGUACUACGCUCUCGUGGACGAUUGAACGAGUCUUCUCUCCCAUUAGAUAGCAAGAAUCCGAUAUUCCUUCCCAACAAACACCCAUUUGUUAAUCUGUUGAUUCUGCAUAUGCACAACGAAAUCAAACACAGUGGAGUUCGUGACACUUUAACAACUAUAAGAGAGCGGUUUUGGAUUUUACGAGGACGAGAGGUUGUUAAGAAAUUAAUUAGGCACUGUGUUGUUUGUCGAAAGUACGGUGGAAAACCGUUCAAGCCCCAGCCAACUCCAGAUUUGCCAGACUUCCGAGUUUCGAGCGACCCUCCCUUCACUCAUAUUGGGUUGGAUUUCGCGGGUCCGUUUUUCAUCAAAUCGAUGUUUGAAACCAAACCAACAGAAAACGGCGAGUCUAACCCCAACGUUAAAGCCUACAUUCUCUUGAUCACGUGCGCGUCGACCAGGUCAGUUCACAUUGAAUUAACUUUGGGUCUCGGUGUACAAGCAUUCCUACUUGCAUUCCGGCGGUAUGUCAGUCGACGAGGGUUACCAGCCACGAUAACGUCUGACAAUGCUAAGACUUUUAAGUCAGCAAAAAGGGACAUAGAACGAAUUAUUAGAUCUGAAGAAGUACGGCAAUACUUGGUAGAAAGACGAGUCAAGUGGAAUUUUAUCGUUGAGCGUGCUCCAUGGUGGGGAGGAUUCUGGGAACGAUUAGUUGCCAGCGUUAAAAGGCCACUAAAACGUAUUGUUGGGAGAUCUACCUUAACCUACGACGACGAACUACAAACCAUUUUAGUUGAAAUCGAGGCAUUAAUCAACGCUAGACCUCUUACCUAUGUCUAUGAUGGCCAAGAAUGUAACUACGAGCCUUUAACACCCUCUCACCUGAUUUACGGUAGGCGUAUUACGAGUACCCCAAACAGUUCCCAUCACGAAGUUGUUAGUACUAAUCGAUCCUUGACAAGAAGAGCGCGUCGUCAUAAGCAAGUGUUGGAUCAAUUUACGAAACAGUGGCGACGAGAAUAUCUCACCGGGUUGCGUGAACAGUCGUUAGCGAAGUCGCACAAAGGAAACUCAGGUUCAACGAUUUCCCAAGGAGAGAUCGUCAUCGUCAAAAACGAAACAACGCCGAGAGCAUUUUGGAAAAUGGCUCGUGUAGAAAAACUACUUCCAGGAAGGGAUGGAAACGUUCGAGCAGCAGAAAUUAAGUUAGGGAGUAAAUUCGUUACAAGAAGACCAAUUGAACAACUCGUACCCAUUGAAGUGAAAUCUACGUUAGCAGAUUUAGAAACCGGUCAGGAAGUAGAAAAGGAAUGUAUUCAAGAUGAUGAUAAUUUAGAUGUACGAAGUCGAAGAACCGCUGCUGUUCUGGGUGAAAGAAGACGACGAGAAGAGAACAUCUUGUAA